CUCAAAUUUUCAAAAUUUGAAAAGCUGAGUGCGAGCGAGAUACAGAGCGAUGGCGUCAGUGUCGGGAAGCAUGAAAGGUUUUUACAGACAGAGGAAAGCCCACAAAUCAUCCUCCAAAUCUUCCAAGAAAUCAGUCUCUCUUGCUCCCGAUGUAGCGCAAGCUCCGUCCCCCAAAGAUGAUGUCAAUGAGCAUGAAGAAAUGCUGCGUCAAUUUGACAUGAACAUGGCGUAUGGACCAUGCAUUGGGAUCACCAGACUAGCUCGGUGGGAACGAGCCCAUAAGUUAGGUUUAAACCCUCCUGCAGAAAUCGAGAAGCUUUUAAAAGGCGAGAAAGUUCAGGCAGAUUGCUUGUGGGAUGGCCGCAUAUAGAAGUUUGUACGGAAUCCUCUUAUGUUUAGACUUUAGUAGAUAGUAGGAGAAUAGGAGCAAAUUGAAAACAUUCAGUUUUCUAUCGUGUUCCUUACUGCUUGUAUGUUAUGUCAUGUCCCUGUUAUUAUCAAAAGACAAAAUCAUGUAUUGACUUGUGGUUGACAGUUGGUUUCAGCAAUAUAUGCUUAGUAAUUAUAGCCUAUUGUAGUGGUUA